UGCCCAGUACACUUGCCAGCAGUGUCAGCGAGGGCUCAGCUUCCUUUGGUGAAGUGGAUUUACUUGAACGUGAAGGAAAGAAAAAAAAUGUCUCCACUUCUGAGAAGCAUCUUCAAUAUCACUGAAAUGUUUAAUCAAUAUGCCUCACAUGAUUGUGAUGGGGCAGCACUAAGCAAGAAAGACCUGAAGAACCUCCUUGAAAGGGAAUUUGGAGAUGUACUUCGGAGACCACAUGACCCUGAGACAGUAGAUCUGAUCCUGGAACUUCUGGAUCGCGACUGUAACGGGCUGGUUGAUUUCAAUGAAUUCCUCCUGUUCGUUUUCAAGGUGGCUCAAGCUUGUUAUUACGCUCUCAGCCAGGCUGCCGGGCUAGAUGAGAAGGGGGCCAAGUGUGAGGGAAAGGAUAACCCAUUACAAGAUCCCAGGCAAAAAGAAGACCAAAGGAGAUUUGAGCCCCAGGACACACAAUUUGAAGAACGCAGGCAGAAGAGACAGGAACUGGAGAGGGAGCUCGCAGAGGAGGAGCAGCAGCGGCUGCAGAGGCGAGAACAGGAAAGGCACCUGGAAGAGGAAGAGCAUCUGCAGAGGCGCAAGGGUCGAGAGCCAGAGACACUUCCUGAUCAAGAGCAAAGGCGAGAGAGGCAGGCGCAGCGGGAGCUGCAAGAGGAAGAGCAUCUGCAAAGGCGGGAGCGCCAAGAGCAAGGCGAGCGGGCACUCGAGGAGGAAGGCGAGCAACUGCAACGGCAAAGGCGCCAGGAAAGGCACCUGGAGCAGGAGCUGCGGCGCGAACAGGAGAGGAGUGUGCAAGAACUGAGGCGCGAGGAGCGCGAGGAGCAGCUCCUGGAGCAGGAGCUGAGGCGCGAGCAAGAACUAAGGCGCGAGCAGGAGCAGACACGUGAGCAGCUGAGACGCAAGGAGCCGCGCCUGGAGCAGGAGCUGAGGCGCGAGCAAGAAUUUAGGCGCGAGCAGCUGAGACGCAAGGAGCCGCACCUGGAGCAGGAGCUGGGGCGCAAACAAGAAUUAAGACACGAGCAGGAGCUGAGACACGAGGAGCAGGAGCUCAGGCGUGAGCAGGAGCUAAGGCGCGAGCAAGAACUGAGGCGCAAUGAGCAGCGCCUGGAGCAGGAGCUGAGGCGCGAGCAGGAGGAAAGACGCGAGGAGCCGCGCCUGGAGCAGGAGCUGAGGCGCGAGCAAGAACUGAGGCGCAAUGAGCAGCGCCUGGAGCAGGAGCUGAGGCGCGAACAAGAACUGAGGCGCAAUGAGCAGCGCCUGGAGCAGGAGCUGAGGCGCGAGCAGGAGGAAAGACGCGAGCAAGAACUAAGGCGCGAGCAGGAGCUGAGACGCAAGGAGCCGCGCCUGGAGCAGGAGCUGAGGCGCGAGCAAGAACUAAGGCGCGAGCAAGAACUGAGGCGCAAUGAGCAGCGCCUGGAGCAGGAGCUGAGGCGCGAGCAGGAGGAAAGACGCGAGCAAGAACUAAGGCGCGAGCAGGAGCUGAGGCGCAAGGAGCCGCGCCUGGAGCAGGAGCUGAGGCGCGAGCAAGAACUAAGGCGCGAGCAAGAACUGAGGCGCAAUGAGCAGCGCCUGGAGCAGGAGCUGAGGCGCGAGCAGGAGGAAAGACGCGAGCAAGAACUAAGGCGCGAGCAGAUGCUGAGGCGCAAGGAGCCGCGCCUGGAGCAAGAGCUGAGGCGCGAGCAGGAGGAAAGACGCGAGGAGCCGCGCCUGGAGCAGGAGCUGAGGCGCGAACAAGAACUGAGGCGCAAUGAGCAGCGCCUGGAGCAGGAGCUGAGGCGCGAGCAGGAGGAAAGACGCGAGGAGCCGCGCCUGGAGCAGGAGCUGAGGCGCGAGCAGGAGGAAAGACGCGAGGAGCCGCGCCUGGAGCAGGAGCUGAGGCGCGAGCAGGAGGAAAGACGCGAGCAAGAACUAAGGCGCGAGCAGGAGCUGAGGCGCAAGGAGCCGCGCCUGGAGCAGGAGCUGAGGCGCGAGCAGGAAAGACGCGAGCAGCUCAGACGCGAGGAGCAGCGCCUGGAGAAGCAGCAGAGGAGCGAGCAGCAGCUGGCUGAGGAGGUGGAGCAGGAAGAGGCACGUGAGCGGGGCAAGUGCCGCACCCCAAGGUGGCAGUGGCAGCUCGAAAGUGAGGCGGAAGCUCGUCAGAGCAAAGUUUACUCCAGGCCCCGCAGGCAGGAGGAAGAGAAGAGGCAGCGCCAGGAGCUCGGGCAGCAGCUGCGGGCGCAGGAGGAGGACGCGCAGUGGCAGCGCGGGGCCCGGCCCCUCGGAGAGGAGCGCGAACGCGGGCUGCAACGGGAGGAGCAGGUGCGCCUGCUGGAGGCGGAGGAAGAGCAGCGCCGCGACUCUAAAUGGCAGUGGCAGGCGGAGGAAGAGAGCGAGAGGCGCCGCCAGAGGCUGUCGGCCAGGCCCGCUUUGCAGGAGCAGCGGGAGAGGCAGCUAAGAGCGGAGGAGCCACAGGAGCGGAAACUGUUCCGUGAAGAGGAGCAGCAGCGCCGACGACUCGAGAGGGAGCAGGAGCAGCAGGUCCGUGAGGAGGAGAAGCAGCUCCGGUUGGAGAACUUCCAAGAGGAUCAAGGGAGGAAGCUACGCCAGGAGGAGCAGCGCCGAGACCAAAAAUGGAGGUGGCAACUAGAUGAGGGAAGCCAAAGACACCGCCACAUAGUGUACGCCAAGCCAGCUGAACGGGAGCCGCUGAGGGAGGAAGAGCAGGUGCAGAGGGAGGAACGCGAGAAAAGGAGGCGCCAGGAGGAACCGCUCCUGCAGGAACGGGAAGAGCAGCUGCGCCGCCAGGAGCGCGACAGGAAGCUCCGCGAGGAGGAACAGCUCCUGCAGGAACGGGAAGAGCAGCUGCGCCGCCAGGAGCGCGACAAGAAGUUCCGCGAGGAGGAACAGCUCCUGCAGGAACGGGAAGAGCAGCUGCGCAGGAGGGAACGUGAGCAGCAGCUGCGACAGGAGCGCGACAGGAAGUUCCGCGAGGAGGAACAGCUCCUGCAGGAACGGGAAGAGCAGCUGCGCCAGGAGCGCGACACGAAGUUCCGCGAGGAGGAACCGCUCCUGCAGGAAAGGGAAGAGCAGCUGCGCCGCCAGGAACGCGACAGGAAGUUCCGCGAGGAGGAACAGCUCCUGCAGGAACGGGAAGAGCAGCUGCGCAGAAGGGAACGUGAGCAGCAGCUGCGCCAGGAGCGCGACAGGAAGCUCCGCGAGGAGGAACAGCUCCUGCAGGAAUGGGAAGAGCAGCUGCGCCGCCAGGAGCGCGACAGGAAGUUCCGCGAGGAGGAACAGCUCCUGCAGGAACGGGAAGAGCAGCUGCGCCGCCAGGAGCGCGACAGAAAGUUCCGCGAGGAGGAACAGCUCCUGCAGGAACGGGAAGAGCAGCUGCGCCGCCAGGAGCGCGACAGGAAGUUCCGCGAGGAGGAACAGCUCCUGCAGGAACGGGAAGAGCAGCUGCGCAGGAGGGAACGUGAGCAGCAGCUGCGCCAGGAGCGCGACAGGAAGUUCCGCGAGGAGGAACAGCUCCUGCAGGAACGGGAAGAGCAGCUGCGCCGCCAGGAGCGCGACAGGAAGCUCCGCGAGGAGGAACAGCUCCUGCAGGAACGGGAAGAGCAGCUGCGCAGGAGGGAACGUGAGCAGCAGCUGCGCCAGGAGCGCGACAGGAAGUUCCGCGAGGAGGAAUCGCUCCUGCAGGAACGGGAAGAGCAGCUGCGCCGCCAGGAGCGCGACAGGAAGUUCCGCGAGGAGGAACAGCUCCUGCAGGAACGGGAAGAGCAGCUGCGCCGCCAGGAGCGCGACAGGAAGUUCCGCGAGGAGGAACAGCUCCUGCAGGAACGGGAAGAGCAGCUGCGCCGCCAGGAGCGCGACAGGAAGUUCCGCGAGGAGGAACAGCUCCUGCAGGAACGGGAAGAGCAGCUGCGCCGCCAGGAGCGCGACAGGAAGUUCCGCGAGGAGGAACAGCUCCUGCAGGAACGGGAAGAGCAGCUGCGCCGCCAGGAGCGCGACAGGAAGUUCCGCGAGGAGGAACCGCUCCUGCAGGAACGGGAAGAGCAGCUGCGCCGCCAGGAGCGCGACAGGAAGUUCCGCGAGGAGGAACAGCUCCUGCAGGAACGGGAAGAGCAGCUGCGCAGGAGGGAACGUGAGCAGCAGCUGCGCCAGGAGCGCGACAGGAAGUUCCGCGAGGAGGAACAGCUCCUGCAGGAACGGGAAGAGCAGCUGCGCCGCCAGGAGCGCGACAGGAAGCUCCGCGAGGAGGAACAGCUCCUGCAGGAACGGGAAGAGCAGCUGCGCAGGAGGGAACGUGAGCAGCAGCUGCGCCAGGAGCGCGACAGGAAGUUCCGCGAGGAGGAAUCGCUCCUGCAGGAACGGGAAGAGCAGCUGCGCCGCCAGGAGCGCGACAGGAAGUUCCGCGAGGAGGAACAGCUCCUGCAGGAACGGGAAGAGCAGCUGCGCCGCCAGGAGCGCGACAGGAAGUUCCGCGAGGAGGAACCGCUCCUGCAGGAACGGGAAGAGCAGCUGCGCCGCCAGGAGCGCGACAGGAAGUUCCGCGAGGAGGAACCGCUCCUGCAGGAACGGGAAGAGCAGCUGCGCCGCCAGGAGCGCGACAGGAAGUUCCGCGAGGAGGAACAGCUCCUGCAGGAACGGGAAGAGCAGCUGCGCCGCCAGGAGCGAGACAGGAAGUUCCGCGAGGAGGAACAGCUCCUGCAGGAACGGGAAGAGCAGCUGCGCAGGAGGGAACGUGAGCAGCAGCUGCGCCAGGAGAGCGACAGGAAGUUCCGCGAGGAGGAACCGCUCCUGCAAGAAAGGGAAGAGCAGCUGCGCCGCCAGGAGCGCGACAGGAAGUUCCGCGACGAGGAACAGCUCCUGCAGGAAAGGGAAGAGCAGCUGCGCAGGAGGGAACGUGAGCAGCAGCUGCGCCAGAAGCGCGACAGGAAGUUCCGCGAGGAGGAACCUCUCCUGCAGGAAAGGGAAGAGCAGCUGCGCCGCCAGCAGAGAGAGGAUCAGAGGCGCCGUAGCCAAGUCUGGGAAGAAGGAAACAAAGGCCGUAGGCAGGCUCUGGAGCCCGGCAAGCGUCCGUUUGCUAGUGUCCCGGUGCGCUCCAGUCCUCUCUAUGAGUACAUCCAAGAGCAGAGAUCUCAGUACCGCCCUUAAGAGAUGUUACCAAUAUCCCGACACCUGCCAAAGCUUCCAGCAAAAGAUAAUGAGGAAACACUGGAUACCAAAUAACUCAGAUGUUUCUGGUUGUGGGAGAACUCUCUGAUGUUUCAAAAUCUUUUUUUCCAAAACUUUAAACUAUAGUCAUUUCAUA